AGGUCAUCUUCACCGCAGAGACAGACAGCCGGAGGAGAAGCUGAGAGAGUUAAAGGAGGUGAGACAGCAGGAAACAAUAAGGAGACUUGAACAGAAGAAGGAGAGACGGGUGAAGGUCGAGGAGGAGAGACGUCCUGCUGAUCAUCUUAAAGACCUGAAGAACGUGCUGCCGAGAGCUUCGCCAUGGCAACCAAAAUAGUAACCCAGCGCUGCCAGGAGGAGCAGAUGGAGCAGAUGUCUCACAGCAUGCAGAUGUCGUCCCAGAUCAAGAAGAGAAAGUUCAAAUCCAGUGAUGAAACGGCCUCUCUGAGUGAAUUCUAUCCCAUCAUUCCUGGUGACAUAAUGUCUGUGAAGGAGAUCCUGACCGAACCCAAGUUCCCACGCAACCGGAUAUGGGAGGCCCUGAGAGAGACGCUGUCCAGUGAUGAGCUGCACGAGAGAGACCAGUGGACGCUGUUCGGGAACGAGGCUGAGAAACUGGAGAUCGGUGUGAUCAGAAACCAGCGUGUCGUUCGUGAGCGUGUGGAUCGAUUGGCUCUGCGCCGGGAGGCCGAGAGAAAAGCUUCUUUGCACAUGAAGUUGAUUGAGGAUCUGAGCAUGAAGGCUCCUGAUUUCCCCGUCCCGCUGCGGCCGCACACGGUGUGGACCGGGAUGGACGUCAAACUCUCCUGUUCGGUUCAGGGCUGCCCGCUUCCCAGCGUCACAUGGUAUAAGGAUGACGUUCCUCUCCGAGGAUCUCUGCCGUGGAACUACAAGCUGAUGCAGAAGUGCGGCCUCGACGUUUUAGAGAUCAGGAGAUGUUCUGCUGAAGAUGCCGGAGAAUACAAGGUUAUAGCGAAAAGUUCUCUGGGAGAGGCAACGUCCAGCGCCAGGCUGACAGUCAACUCACAUGAAGGGGCCGAGGCGAAACUGAAGCACUCGUGGACGCCCAUCCCAGUUCCAGAACCGGACGCUCAGCUGGCCUCCACCUUUCCUCCAACAUUUGUGAAAGAAGGUGACAACUUGGUUCUGCAGUGCAGUUUCACCACAGCUUUACUGCCGUUCCAACAGGAUGUGACCUGGUACAGAGACGGGCUGGUGUUGCAUCAGUGCAGUCGUGUGGAGCUACAGACGGGUCUGCGAUCCGUCAAUCUCACCCUGAAGCGAGUGCACAAGGAACAUGAAGGCCUGUACAGCGUCCGUCUCCGCACCUGGGACGGGACCGUCGAGCACAGCGCCUACGUCUAUGUCAAAGAUGGACCUGCGGUUGUGGUCGGCGCUCCAGGUUCUCCUCUACAGGUGAAGUGUUCUGAUGUGAACCGGGAUUACGUGUUCCUCUCGUGGAUUCCUCCCAGCGCAGACGGAGCUGCUGCUGUGCAGGGUUACUUCAUAGAGAGAGGAGAUGCAUUUGAGAUUACAAGGGCCUUUUUUUCAGGAAAACAUCUGAAAAAUUCAAGCUCAGUGCCAUAUGUCGAUGGACCUGCGGUUGUGGUCGGUGCUCCAGGUUCUCCUCUACAGGUGAAGUGUUCUGAUGUGAACCGGGAUUACGUGUUCCUCUCGUGGAUUCCUCCCAGCGCAGACGGAGCUGCUGCUGUGCAGGGUCAAAUCCGAGUACCGUUCCCCCCCACUGAUAUGCGAGUUUGUGAACUUAGUGACACCUACGCUGUGCUGAGCUGGACUGAACCGGAGCCAAGGGGCAGAGAGCCUCUCACCUACUUCGUGGAGCGGUCCCUAACAGGGAAGGAGAGCUGGCAUCUGGCUAGUAUGGAUAUGACGGUUCUGUCUACAAGAUUUGCUGCGUUUGACCAGCGGAAGGGAAAGUCAUACACUUACCGUGUUCGCUCUGUUAACAAGUAUGGCAUCAGCGAACCGUCUCUUCCCAGUGAACCCAUCUCAGUGGGACAGCCGCUAGGAGUUCCUGCCCCACCACACGGCGUCCUGUCCAUCCGAGACACCAACAGCUCUGUCCUGUUGCAGUGGAAGGAGCCCAAAAUAACAGAGGGUAUUGUGGGAUACUAUCUGUACUGCAGUGAGGUUGGAAGUGGACAGUGGAAGACCAUCAAUAAUAAGCCCAUCACCAAAACCAGGUUUACAGUUGAUGGCCUGAAGACCAAUAAAGAGUAUGUAUUCCGGGUGAAGUCCGUGGGACUGGCGGGAAACAGCAUCUACUCUGAGGAGUCUCCUGCCGUUCGAGUGAAAUCAGCGAUAUAUGUUCCAUCUCGUCCAUCAGCCAUCACUCUACUGCGCUGCACCGGAGCAGAGAUGCUGAUUGGCUGGAGAGCCCCGGCCAAUCACGGAGGAGACCCUGUGCGCGGCUACUUCCUGGACCAGAGGGAGAAAUCCCAGAGUUCCUGGAGAGAGAUCAGCAUCAAGCCCACUAAAGAGAGAGUGUACGAGGUGACAGGCCUUCAGGAAGGACGUUUUUACCAGUUCCGAGUCUUCGCAGCCAAUAUUGUUGGUCUGGGUGACGCUUCUGAACCCAGCGAGCUGUUUCUGUGUGAGCGCUGGACGAUGCCUGAGCCUGGUUGUCCAUAUGAUCUGGAAUUUAGAGAAGUGAGGCAAAACUCUCUGGUGCUGCUGUGGGCGGGGCCUCUGUACAAGGGCCAAUCAGAGGUCAGCGGGUAUGUAGUGGAGAUCAGCGAGGGGGCGGAGUCUGAGGAUUGGACCCUCGUGACGAGUGAGCCGGUGACGGAAACUCACUUAAAGGUUUCAGGUCUGCAAGCAGGUCAGACGUACCGCCUCCGUGUGUCUGCUGUUAACGCCGCCGGAGUCGGCAUGUCUUCAGUGGCGUCAGAGCCGAUGGAAGCGCAGACUAAAGCAGGAACCAAAGAGAUUGAGAUCGGAGUCGAUAACGACGGCUUCAUCUUCCUGAGCUUUGAAGCUCCUGACAGCACUGAUAAAGACGUCUUUAAGUGGAGUAAGAACUACAGCAAAUCGACUGAUGCCGGACGAGCCCGACUGGAGAACAAAAACAACAGGUCUGUUCUUACCUUCACGGACGCCUCGGAGCAGGAUUUGGGCCUUUACACGGUGGAGCUGAGCGGAAACCCUGACAUCUCCUCUAGUUUCACCUUCACUGCAGAGGAUCUGGAGAGGCUGACAGAACUCAGCUGGCAUGUCAGAAACCCACUGAUCGCUCUGAAGUCUGAAGGCUGGCAGGUGGACGUGUCCGAGCAGGGAAGUGUGCGUCUGUGGCUGCAGACCGAGGCUCUCAGCAGCGCCGCGGUGCUUCGGCUCAUCCUCAAUGACAGAGAGAUCUCCAGCACACCGACCCGUAAGAUUAACUUUGACAAGGCACAGGGUCUGGUGGAGAUCCUGUUUGAUCAGAUAUCAAGAGAGGACGAGGGCUCGUACACCGCACAGCUCAAAGACGGCCGGGCCAAGAACCAGUUCACUCUGGUGUUUGUGGAUAAGAAAUUUCGGGACACGCUGGCCAAAUCUGAGGCCAACAGACACAACUGGAAGAGAAAGUCGGGUCCCCAUUUCGAGGAGUUUUUGUCAUGGACAGUGACUUCAGAUUGUGAAAUGAUUAUGAAGUGCAAGGUCACCAACGUGAGCAAAGACACGCGUGUGAAGUGGUUUAAGGACGGAGUGGAGCUUCCUCAGGCGGUGUACGAGCCCCCGGGUGUCAGCUCCUUCACCGUCCCGCAGGUGACGAGGAAGGAGCUGGGUGUGUACAGAGCUGUAGUGUCCGACAGCAGAGGAGAAGACGAGAGCGUCCUGCAGCUGAUAGAUGAUGAGUUUGAGCGUCUCGUGCAAGAGCUCGGUAAACAGUGCGCGCGCUCUGCUGGUCCAGUGUGCAUCCAGUGCACUGCGCAGGGCUUCAAGCUCUACUGCUCACUCAAAUACUACCUGAGCUACAUGAAGACCAGCUGGUACUUCAAAGACAAGAGAAUUGACUUGGAGGAGCGGAGCAAGCCUGGCAGCAGCAUGCAGAAGGUUUGGAUUGAGAUAUUUGGCCCCACUGAAAACGAUAAAGGGAAGUACACCCUGGAGAUGUUCGACGGCCAGGAAACACACAAGCGCUCUCUGGAUCUGUCUGGACAAGCGUUCGCAGAUGCUUUGCUGGAGCACCAGAGACUGAAGCAAGUGGAGUUUGCUGAGAAAAAUCGAGCCCGAGUCACGAAGGGCCUUCCUGAUGUGGUGGCCAUAAUGGAGGACAAGUCUCUGUGUCUGACGUGUUUUGCCGAGGGCGAUCCUGCACCGGAAAUGUUUUGGCUGAAGAACGACAGAGAAGUCACCUCCACCGGCCAGUAUAACAUUAAAAAUGAGAAUAAAUCCUCCACUCUCACUAUAAACCACGUGACCAUGGAGGACUCGGGCAACUACAGCAUCUUCGUACGCAAUAAACACGGAUCGCAGACGGUCCUCGUGACCGUCAGUGUGUAUAAACAUGGUGAAAAGCCUCGAGCAGAUGCAGUGCAAAUGUAAGAGAAGCCACAGUGAUUGAGUAAAGUUAUAUUUUGCCACAUCAAUGAUGGGUGAAUCUGUUUUUGUUAAAGUCAACAAUGGCCUUAUUUACAUGGUGUGUGUUCAUUUUGGAGCCUGUAUGACGGUGUCCAAAAUAAAUAUGUGCUCACUCUCAGUCCAUCCGAGAUGUAGAUGAGUUUGUUUCUUCAUCAGGUUUGGAGAAAUGCUGCAUUGCAUCAGU